UCCGGCCGGGAGGAGAGCCCACGCGAGAGAAGAGAAGCACACGUACCAGGUAGCAUAUAUAGCAAUUAAUGGCGCCGGUGACGGAGGAGGAGGCGGCGGCGGCGGCAGAGAGGAUAUUCGAACGGCUGGCGGAGAGUGGAGGCCUCCUGCAGCAGCAUGAUCAUCAGCUCCAACGCCAGCUCCGUCUCCACUUUAGGCGGAUGCCGGCGAGGUAUUUGGUGGACAUGUGCGGCGGCAAGGCGGAGGAGGUGCUGAUCCACCUCCAGCUCCUCGCCGACUGCGCCGACCCCGCCAAUCGCCCCGUCGUCCAUGCCCGCUUUCUCCUCACUAUCCCUUCUUCUUCCUCCUCCUCCAUCGUCAGUUUGUACAGCAGGGUUCGUGUCCAUGAGAUUGUUUUCGUAUGCCUUGACAAACCCAAGCUCCUUAGUCAGCUAUCUGCGUUGGUGUCUGAGGUUGGACUGAAUAUCCGUGAAGCCCAUGUGUACUCCACACUCGAUGCCUUUUCUCUCAGCGUAUUUCUCGUUGAUGGUUGGAACAAAGAGGAAGCGGGUGGAUUGCUUAAGGCAAUCAAGGAGAAGGUCAUAGUAUGGCUUGCAGAUCAGAUGCUGAGAGCCACGGACUGAGAAAAGUUACUAAUAUUAACGAUCAACCUACGAAUUGAUAGGUUGGUCGAGCUGCACAUUGUAUCAUCUUCGUGGAGCUAGGGCUCGACAGACAGAUCGAGAUCCUCGUCAAUUAAUUUGCACUGCGCCUGUAUAUGUAAUAAUCUUCCAGAGAGACUUGCAAUAACACGGUUGCUGGUACCGUAGUAUGUCAGCUAGUAUGCCUGAUGACAAAACAAAUUAGUUUGCUAUCUGUUAAUUGUAAUACUAAUACUUAUUUAAUUAGUUUGCAAUCUUGCAGAAUAUAUGGUGGCCUAUCUGUAGA